AUGAAUAUUGAAGGGGAGGAGGUGAGGGUUGGGGGGGAUUUAGAGAUAGGGUGGGGGGGGAUAGGGGGUUUGGAAAUAUUGAGGGGGGGGGAUGUAGGGGGGAAUAUUUGGUGGGGGGGAGUGGGUAGGGGGGGGGUGGAUAAGGGUUGUGGGAUUGGUGGGGUUUGUGGGUAUGGGGCUGGGGUGUAUGUGAGGGGUGUGGGGGGGUGGUUGGUGGGGUGGGGGGUGGUGAUUUAUGGGGGGGGUGGGGAGGGUGAUGGGUUGGUGGGUGGUGGGGUGAUGUGUGGGGUGGUUGGUGUGUUUUGGUGGGGUAAUGGUUUUAUUUGGGGGUUGGGGUGGAUGUAUAUUGAUAUGGUGGGAUUGUGGUGGGGGGGUGGGGGUGGUGGGGUAUGUGGGGGUUGGGGGGAUAGGAAGAUAGGGGGUUUGGGGAUGGGGGAAGUGGGAGGAGAUGGAAAGAUGGGGGGGGGAUGGGUGGUGAAGGUGGGGGGGGGGGGGUUGGGAUGA